AUGGAACAGCAAAAAGAAGGCGGAUGCUGCAAACCUUCCUGGUACUUCACAGACCCUGACCAACGGGAAUUCAGCGCCGUUCUCAAAAAUCUCAAACUCGACUCCACACUCCAGGGCUGCGUCGCACUAGGUAAGGACGGGGUUCUACGCUCGCUGACUGCCGAUCGCGAUGUCGUAGAUGCGGUUGGGUUAACCCCCAACCUAAUCGCUGCAUGCCUGCGUCGAAUGCCUUCCGAGAUGGCGAGGAAAGCUGAAUAUGACGGCAUCGAUGGAAGCAAGGUUUCAAGGGAGUUGUGGUUCAAUCCGGAUAAGGCCAUUUUACCGCCCCCGUUAAGCCAGGAGAAGAGGGAUGAGUUUGAGAGACGCCACUCUGAACCCGAGAAACCUUGA